ACUGUCGUAAAACACAACCGGUCCUCCAGGCCCAGUCGUGCUGAUCUCUCAAUAAUCAAUGCCAGGGUCAUGGUCCAGAGCAGACUAUGGUACACCCGGCACCGCACGAAGCACUUUGGUCCCUCGCCGAGGUUCCAGACUGUUAAACGGACUCGCCGUCGACACAAAUGAUGCAGGGGCCACCAAUUUUCCCUUGCUCGGGCGAAAGCGAGUGACCUUGGAAUUCCAUCAGUAUUUGGACUGCAUGAGCCGGACGUCAGGUUGUGUUAUCGCGGUCAGCUGGUCAUUAUUCUUACUCCUCACACGGAGUAUCGAAAGAUCGUUCACCUGUGGCUGGUGACACCUGUUGACUCCAAAAUGUCUUCUUUCAAGCCACCAUUCUGACACUGACAAGAUGUAUUUCAUCAUAGACACGAAUGACGGAAUCAGGUAUCCGAGCACUCGCAAAAUCUCGUAUUCAUCGACGCCGCCUCGUCAGCAUGUGGAAAAAACAUGACUUAUCGUCUUUGUACAGAUACAACGGCCCAGGACUUGAAACAUGACUUGGCCAGAGAUUGAGCCCAGCACAUCUCAUCUGACCUAUCUGCUCUUGUCCUUCUUCCUGAUCUUGUAUGCUUUGUUUUCCGAACUCAUUCGCAACCGCCUCCAUCUCUCUGAACCGCCUCUGGCAACACUGACAGGCAUCAUAUUUGGGCCCAGGGGAGCGACAAUUCUUAGUCCCAUCGAAUGGGGAUGGGAGGACAAUAUUACUCAAGAGCUCACCAGGGUUGUCACCGGUGUCCAAUGUUUUGCGGUCGGUGUCCAGCUCCCAGCUGGCUAUGUAAAGCGACAUUGGAAAAGCAUCGGUCUACUUCUGGGUCCUAACAUGGUCGCUGGCUGGGUCGUUGCCACAAUUGCAAUCCGUCUCAUCCUACAAACUACUUGGAACACAGCCUUCAUAACGGCGGCUUGUUUGACACCUACUGACCCUGUCUUAUCUGCCAGCGUCAUUGGCGAGGCCAGGUUCUCUCAAAGGGUACCUCAGCGAAUCCGUCAUUUAUUGGCAUCAGAAUCCGGAUGCAACGAUGGAACCGCAUUUCCCUUCUUGUAUGCUGCAUUGUACGCGACCGUGGCUAAUUCUACCGGCAAAGCAGUUCGACUCUGGGUGACCGACCUACUUCUCUGGCAGUGCCUUGUUGGAGUUGUUGUCGGUAUGGUUCUGGGCUUCCUGGCAAACAAGGCUCUACGCUUCAGCGAAGCACGCGGCUUCGUGCAGGAGUCGACGCUGUUUGUGUUUUAUUUUCUAAUGGCCAUACUAUGUGUCGGAGCGGGAAGCACAUUGGGCCUGGAUGACUUUCUCGUGUGCUUCUCCGCCGGCGCGACUUUUUGCUGGGAUGGCUGGUUCUCAACUCGAACUGCCAAGAUGAAGCUACCCGACAUUCUGGACUUGAUGCUCAAUUCCACAAUGUUUGUCUAUUUUGGAUCAAUCAUCCCCUGGCAACUGUACAGACAUAAUCUCACUGCAUGGCGCAUGGGCUGUUGUACGCUGGUCAUUCUCGUCUUUCGGCGGCUACCAGCCAUGUUUGCACUGAAAAGAUGGAUCCCCGACGUCCGAACGUGGCACGAAGCAUUGUUUGUCGGUCACUUCGGGCCGAUGGGAGUAGGUGCUCUCUUCCUGGCAGUCGAGGCCAGAGCUCGCCUUGAAACCGGAACUUCGGAACCACUUCCUCAUCCUCCGUUGGACUCACCUCAUCAAGAUUCUUUGGGCACGGUUUGGCCGGUCAUCUCGUUUGUGGUCCUCUGUUCGAUCAUGGUACACGGAUUCUCUCCGUUGGUCAUGAGUUUAGCGAGCCACUUCUCCCGCGACCCAAAGGAAAGAGCCCCCUUAUUGGGUGCAGAGGAAGAGAGGCUGUACGGGAUGGCAUCACACGAGGAGGAGGAUGACGUUCCAACGGACGAGGAGAGAAGAGAGGAGAUAGAAGAGAAUUCCAAUGAAGCGAUGUAGUUGGAAUAUGUUGACAACCGGUUACAUGAAGGAGUAAUCGUUCAUGUAUACUACGCACCCUGUACAUAUACGUUAUAUACCGUAAAUUCCGAUUCCUAUCUCA